CUUUACUGCUGAAUAAAGAACAAGAAUGUUUUCACUCGAUAAGGUUAGAGAUGUUGUCAACGAGCAGCUAACUGCUGCAGCUGAGGAAAUAUGUGACGAUUUUAUAAGAACUGUCGUCGAGGACGAGGCAGAAAUCAACCGUCAGCGCAGAAUACAGGAUUUCAUUUGGAAACCUCACAUCCGCUUACACAGAAUAGACGUCCCGCAGCAACAUGUGUGUAAGGAGGAGGAGGAGGUUGAAGCUGAGCAGCAGUUCUGUCACCAGGAGAGGAAGUCCAGUCUGGACCAGGAGGAUCCAGAGCCUCCACAGAUGAAAGAGGAGCAGGAGGAAGAGCAGCUCAAACAGGAGGAGACUGAUGCAUUGAUUUUGACUCCUACUCAGGAGGAAGACGUCCUGCAGCAACAUGUGUGUAAGGAGGAGGAGGUUGAACCUGAGCAGCAGCUCUGCCACCAGGAGAGGAAGUCCAGUCUGGACCAGGAGGAUCCAGAGCCUCCACAGAUUAAAGAGGAGCAGGAGGAAGAGCAGCUCAAACAGGAGGAGACUGACACAUUGAUAUUGACUCCCACUCAGGAGGAAAGUGAGCAGAGUGAAGCAGAUGGACAAAACGAACACCAGUUCCUUUCUCACAACUCUCAUGUUGCUGAGAAUCAAGAUCCCAAAGAGAACAAGCAGAAAGCCUCAGAGAUGACUGUAAAAUCAAAACCAAGACAAGAGACAGAAAGAAAACACACAGAGUUGGGGGCAGUCAUCGUUGGUUUGCAGUGGGUGGAGGAGGUCCGGCCAGACCGGGUGGUGGUGUGCACUGAUUCAGCAGCAACUCUAGAAGCAUUCAAUCAACAAAAUCAAGCAGAGAAGACUCUCUCAUGGAGCUACAACAUAGCCUGCUAAGACUUCACAGAGGUGGUGUGGAUGUACAGUUCUGUUGAGUACCAGCACAUGAGGGGUUGAAGGGUAAAGAGAUGGCGGAUAAAUUAGCUAAAGAGUCACAGAGAAAUGAGAAUAGAAGCAAAGGAGAGACCUAACAGAGUUAGUUGGAACUUCAGUUAUUCACAAAGCAGCUCAGUCAACAGUGCCACUUAAGAAAAAUCCCAAAUCUCCAAUACUUGUUCCCUUUUUUCCUCCACACCUUAAAAUGCUGAAUUAUUUUAUUUGUUAUUAGUUGUAGAGCAUUUAUCAGGACCUACAAUCUGGCUUACUCUCCUUUCCUGAGCCAUGAAGAGAUUUUCCUUUUUCUAAUGGCA